GGUGACGCAGCUCUUCCUGUCCACGACAAGUGGCCAGCCCAUGCCACUGCAUUCAACUCACCGAACACUGAUAUCCUCAAGCUUCGACCUCGGCCGUUACACGCCUUUACGAACGCUUUCUCGUCGGCCGAGGAGGUCUGGCUACUGAGUACAUAGCCCAGCCUCCUCACACUCUCGGCAUGGCCAGCGCCCAUCAUGGGCUCACUCGGCACUACUAUCUCCCGCCCAUACCCAACCUUCGUGAAUUGGAGGAGGCCAUCGAGGCACUUGAACGGCCGGCAGCGCCUGAUCAAGUCGAACCGGUCAUCAUCAAGACCGUCAACGCCGUCAACGCCAACGUCAACAGCGCCGCCAACGCCAACAACGCUAUCAACACCAACAACGCUGUCAACACCAACAACACUGUCAAUGCCAACAAGGCCACCAAUGUCAACAGCACUGCCAUGGUCAACACCGCUGUCAACGCCAACAACGCUGUCAACGCCAACAAGGUCACCAAUGUCAACAGCACCGCCAUGCCGGCCAUGGUCAACAGCACUCUAUGGUUAGGGGUCACAACGCUGCCAACGUUAACCAAGGAUGACCUCCAGAAAAUGGACCACACCGAACUCUUUCUCGGGCUUCCCUAGCAACGGUCUCUCCAACACUCGGCCUUUCCGGCAAAACAAACUUUUCGUCUCAGCAGCACAAUGUCUGUUGUGUCCAUUGGGUAGGCUGAGAGGCCCUCCAACGUGCAGCUCGGUCGUUGUGGCUUGCCUAGGCGGGCUACGGAAAUGCAGUCUUCCGCGGCUUCCAGCUUUUAG